AUGUACUUUGUUUCCGACCGCAGUGCGCAUCUAGCUAUUCUCUCGACGUCCGGCGAUCUUGUGCUCUUCAAGUUACGGCUUUGGCUUAACCGUCGCCUUGUGGCGGGUGAUUAUCGACGACUGAAGCCCCUGAGAGAGCUAGAUGAGAAGCAUCUCCAAUGCCCAGCAGGUGAAGACACCCCUGGGAACUAUCUUCACGUCGAUGUCGAGCGUGUCUUCGGAGCUGCUCUCAACCAGGAGUGGCAAUAUGGUCGAGGUAAAGUGACAGUUGUGUCAUUGUAUUAUCGUGUGUUUGUGGUCGCAGUGGACAGCUACGGCCGGCAUCUCUCGUUUUACCAUGGCGAGAACGGUAGCUUCAUUGAGGAUAUCCACACACAGGUCACUGCUCAUGAUAGUAAUGUUGUGCAGCUUGAACCUAUUCAAAGUAGUAGAGGAUUAGCGGCGCUAGCAACGCAACACCGAGUAUAUAUCGUCGACACUGCAGCACCUCAGUCAGCCCCAGUAGUGUGCGAGGCUCCUGGAUGGCACACGCUCUCGAGCAUUGCAGCGGAUCCACUGCGACCGACCAUCAUAUAUGCCGGAACUUCAACUGGGCGCGCAUUGGUAUACAAAUUACACAACCUGGGAGCCUGGAGACAGCGACCUGAUAUAAGUGAGACAGAAGCUCGUGGGCCAGUAGUGUGCGCUUUAUAG